AUGGACAAAAUCGAGAGCAACUUUGAACUGCUGGGAGCGACUGCCAUCGAAGACAAACUUCAGGAGGGCGUCCCGGAGACGAUCCACGACCUGACACGCGCAGGCAUCAAGGUGUGGAUGCUCACGGGCGACAAAGAGGAAACGGCCGUCAACAUCGGUGUGGCUUGCAACCUUCUCGAACAUUCCACGAAGAUGCGCCGCAUCUCUAUCAACUCAGAGAAAUGUCAAAACGAGCACCAUGUCCAGUACCUGCUUAAGUACGAGCUGCAAAAAUUCAAGGACGAUUUCGAGAAGCACCAAGACAACUGCAAGCCUCGGGCGCUCGUCAUUGACGGCCCCACCCUCAUGCUGGCCUCUAAGGAGGGCGUCCAUAUGCAAGUCGGUGGUGGCUUGCCGCGUCUCCCCGGACCAAAAACGCUCCAUCGUCCACCUGGUCAAGAACAACGAGCCGGCCUGUCGGGCCCUCUCCAUUGGUAA